AUGGGAGAUGGAGCUGAGAUUAUGGACAUGUCACAUGGGGAAGAGAAGAAGCUUGUAGUGGAUAGAAUUAGCGAUGAGCAAGUAGAGAAGAAGGAGUUGGUGGGAUCUGUUGACGUUAGGGAUAUCGAAGAAGAGGUCUUUGAAGAAGCAAUUGGUUCUCAGGAGGUACCGAAAACCGAAUCGUUCGAAACCGAGGAUUUACCAUUAGAGGCAACUCCUGAGAAUUCCAAGGCUGAGCAUGAAGUGGUUGAUCUGGAAGAAACAAGUAGUGAUGAGAGGGGAUUAAAAGAUUUGAAGGUUGAUUAUUCGGUGGUUGGUGAGAGCCAUGGUGAGGUCAACGUGCAUGAUAUAACUACCAAAGAGGCUGAGCCUGAUUUUGUUACUCCCAAAAUGAAUGAUGGUAAGGGGGAAGCAGGUGCAGAUAUUUCGUAUGGUCAAACUGAAUCAAGCUCGGGUGCGGUUGAAAACAGUGAGAAAACAACUUCCAAUGGUUCCAGUUUAGCGGCCGAGGAUGUGAAUAUGGAAAACGGAAAUAUACAUUCUUUUUCGGAAAAUGGAAUCGUCUCUCUUGAGAAUAAAGAACUAGUGCCGGAAGGUGUCUCAGUAAGUGCCUGGUCCAAGGAAACAGAGGAAAACGUUCAUGUAUCAGCUGGCAUUGGAACAGAACAAGAGGUUGGGGAAGGUAAAGGAACAACUAAGAAUUGCUCUGAGAAGGGUUUGGUGUGUACAGACAAUGAGUCAGGGGCACAAAAAAACGGUGAGACUAGUGCCGUCUUUAGCAGUGUGAAAAGUGCUUCAGGUGACAAGUCCUUGGAUGAUAGCAUUGAAGUAGCAGGUGCUGGGACCUCAUCUCCAUUGGAGAAAUCUAGUACUGAGGAAAAAGGAGAGACUGUAGGUCAUAGCAGUAGUGGCUUCCCUGGGGUAACUUCUAGAGAACAUGGGACAGUUCAAAAUAGUAAUGGAGGACAUGAUGUUCAACAGAGUCUUCAACCUAAUAAGGAACUUGAGAAUCAGCUAGGCAGCAGAGUGGAUAUAGAACCAGAGAUUACGGAAAGCCCGCAUGUGGAAAGAGAAUUUGAGGUAGUAAGUUCUGUUUCACCAACAGAGUCUAGAAGUAAUACUGCAGCAUUACCACCCGCUCGCCCAGCAGGUCUUGGUCGUGCUGCUCCCCUUCUGGAACCGGCACCACGUGUUUCUCAACAGCAUCGUGUCAAUGGCAAUGUGUCUCACAAUCAACCCCAGCAAGCUGAGGACUCUACCUCUGCAGAGACCGAUGAGCAUGAUGAGACCCGUGAGAAGCUUCAGUUGAUCAGGGUUAAAUUUUUGAGGCUUGCACAUCGAUUAGGGCAAACUCCACAUAAUGUUGUUGUUGCUCAGGUUUUGUACAGGCUUGGAUUGGCUGAACAGUUGAGGGGCAGAAAUGGAAGCCGUGUUGGUGCCUUUAGUUUUGAUCGUGCCAGUGCCAUGGCAGAACAGCUUGAGGCAGGUGGACAGGAUCCACUUGACUUUUCUUGUACGAUUAUGGUGCUCGGUAAAAGUGGGGUUGGUAAAAGUGCAACGAUCAAUUCUAUUUUUGAUGAAGUGAAAAUUUGUACUGAUGCAUUCCAGAUGGGGACAAAGAGAGUUCAGGAUGUUGAGGGUUUUGUUCAGGGAAUUAAGGUACGGGUGAUUGACACUCCCGGCCUCUUACCAUCCUUGUCUGAUCAACACAAGAAUGUGAAGAUCCUGAAGUCUGUUAGGGCUUUCAUCAAGAAAAAUCCACCUGACAUUGUAUUAUAUCUUGAUAGGUUGGAUAUGCAAAGCAGAGAUUCUGGUGACAUGCCUCUUCUGUGCACCAUCACUGAAGUUUUUGGACCGUCAAUAUGGUUUAAUGCCAUUGUGGGUUUGACUCAUGCCGCUUCUGCUCCACCAGAUGGCCCAAAUGGUACCGCGUUAAGCUAUGAAAUGUUUGUAACACAACGUUCUCAUGUAAUUCAGAAUGUCAUUCGCCAAGCAGCUGGAGAUAUGAGGCUCAUGAACCCUGUUUCUUUAGUUGAAAACCACUCUGCUUGCAGGACAAAUCGGGCAGGUCAGAGAGUAUUACCGAAUGGCCAAGUGUGGAAGCCUCAUUUGCUGUUACUCUCAUUUGCAUCCAAGAUUCUAGCAGAAGCAAAUGCUCUUCUGAAAUUACAAGAUCAUACUCCAGGGAGACCAUUAGCAGCUCGGUCCAAGGCUCCGCCAUUGCCAUUUCUCCUCUCAUCUCUUCUGCAAUCAAGACCACAAGCUAAGCUCCCUGAACAGCAGUAUGGUGAUGAAGAAGAUGAAGAUGAUUUAGACGAAUCAUCAGAUUCUGACGAAGAAUCAGAGUAUGAUCAGCUUCCUCCAUUUAAGCGGUUGACUAAAGCUGAGAUGGCUAAGCUAAGUAAAUCCCAGAAGAAGCAAUAUCUCGAUGAGAUGGAGUACCGUUCAAAAUUAUUUAUGAAGAGGCAAAUGAAAGAGGAGAGAAAGAGACGUAAGAUGAUGAAGAAAUUUGCUGCGGAGAUUAAAGAUUUGCCUAACGGGUAUAGUGAAAAUGUGGAAGAAGAGAGAAGUGAACCUGCAUCUGUUCCGGUUUCCAUGCCAGAUUUAUCUCUACCUGCAUCAUUUGACUCUGACAACCCUACUCACCGCUACCGGUCCCUUGAUUCCUCCAAUCAAUGGCUUGUUAGGCCAGUCUUGGAAACUCAUGGGUGGGAUCAUGACGUUGGUUAUGAAGGAGUCAAUGCGGAACGACUUUUUGUUGUCAACGAAAGUAUACCGAUAUCUUUCUCGGGUCAAGUGACAAAGGACAAGAAGGAUGCUAAUGUGCAGCUGGAAAUGGCCAGCUCGAUUAAACAUGGAGAGGGUAGAUCAACCUCCUUAGGUUUUGACAUGCAAAAUGUUGGAAAGGAAAUGGGUUACACUGUUCGAAGUGAAACUAGAUUUAACAGUUUUAGGAAAAACAAAGCUGCAGCUGGUCUCUCUGUGACGCUCUUGGGUGAUUCAGUGUCUGCGGGGUUGAAAGUCGAAGAUAAGUUGAUGGCUAAUAAACGGUUCAGAAUGGUUAUGUCUGGUGGGGCAAUGACUAGUCGGGGAGAUGUUGCUUAUGGUGGUAGUUUAGAAGCUCAGUUGAGAGAUAAAGAUUAUCCGCUUGGUCGGUGUUUGUCAACUCUUGGACUUUCUGUGAUGGAUUGGCAUGGCGAUCUUGCGAUCGGAGGGAAUAUACAGUCCCAAGUGCCCAUUGGACGUUCCUCUAAUCUAAUCGCUCGUGCUAAUCUGAACAACAAAGGAACAGGGCAAGUAAGCAUCCGCGUAAACAGCUCUGAACAACUCCAACUUGCUAUGGUUGCGCUUGUUCCUCUGUUCAAGAAGCUACUUAGUUAUUACUCACCCCAGCAAAUGCAAUAUGGACAAUAG